UAAAGUUGACUAUUUCAUUUUCCAGAGGUCUUAAAUAGAGCAAUAAAUGUCCAAUUUGCCAUAAACCUGUUUCGGUUUGGUGGGACAAGCUGGAAAAAAAUGGCAGCUUAUGUAAAUCAGUCCUUCAUUAUCAGCCGCCUAGUAUUACUAACCUUCCUAAAAGUCAAAUAAUAACAAACACAGCAAACAAAUGUCGUUCAUCACGAUGCUGCAAGAAAAUUCCUAAGAUGCUCUGUUUUCUUCACAUAAGCAAUAAGCAGCAGCCAUGGCCUUCCAUGAUCGAAAGAUGAUCUUUGAAUCUCUUGAUAAUUCUUCUGGUAAAACUUGUAGCAGUUAUUAUUGCAACUCAAAAGAGAAUCCUUCUGGAAUUUGUCCAAUUUCAUGUCUAUAUAUUUGCUACCCAAUUUGUACUUUUCCCCUGUUUUCUGAAAUUCAACCACCGUUGCCACCAAACUUUUUCACCCCCAAAGUUCCUCUUCCUCAAUCUCCACAUAAACCCAUUAUUUCUAUAUUCUUGAUUAUUCUAUUUUCUGUGUUGGCCACUUCUUUCUUCCUUUUUUGUUGCUUCGUCGUUUACAGAAUCUGGAAGGCAAGAAUUUUGUCGCGACCGCAGCAGCGAGUUGAAGAAGAAGAAGAAGAGGAGUUUAGUGAUAUUUUUGAUGAAGAUAUUCAUGGACCUAUGGUGGAUCAUCCUAUAUGGUAUAUUAGAACAGUGGGUCUUCAGCCAUCAAUCAUCAGCGCCAUCACCAUUUGCAAAUAUAAAGCAGGGGAAGGAAUAAUUGACGGAACAGAGUGCUCUGUUUGCUUGAGUGAGUUUCAAGAAGAUGAAACUCUUAGGAUUUUGCCCAAGUGUAACCAUGCUUUUCACAUACCUUGUAUUGACACUUGGCUUAGAUCACACACCAAUUGUCCUAUGUGCCGUGCCGGUAUUGUCAUCGCCCCAGCCGCUACCCAAUCGUCACCAGAGCAGAAUUCAGGGCCGAGACAUGAAGAAGCUCACGUCGGAAUUUCAGAGAAUGUCCCGGAAUUAACCCUUGACAUCGAAAAUGAAGGUGAGUCAUUGGAACUAUGUACAAUGGAUAUCAGUGGAAACUCCAAGGAAGAUGUGGGGAAUGGUACUAAUGAAGGAAUGUUAAGUGAAUUGUGUGCAUCAAGAAGAUCAGCAUCAUUGGAAUCUUUAUCUACAGCUUCAAUAUUAACUUGUGCUUCAGGAUCACAGAGCACUUUUGAUGGUAAUGAGAUCUCAGCAAGAAUGAAAAAUCUUUGUGUGGACAGAGUAAUGCAAGAACAGAGAAUGAUAAGAAGAAGCCAGAGUGCUGUUCUUCUUCGGUGAAGCGGCCAGAAGCCACAAGCAGUCGCGGUCGAAGCUUGGGUCUGGCCGAUAGCAGUAAGCUUGACUACAGCUAAGCGCUUGCCAACUUAAUUUCAUCUCUUUCUUUUUGCCUUUUCUUAGAUAAUCUUCAAAGUGAUGAGACAUGAAAAUUCCAAAUGUCUCAAGAACUCUUAUAAAGAUAAGAGUUUUCCCUUUCCCUUCCCCCACUCUCCUCCCUUUGAAAAUCAAAGUUAAUACUUCAAAAAAAAAAAGUGAAAAGAAACAGAAUUGUAUCUAUUGCUUUACAAUGUAUGAGAUACUGAAUACUAGUUGUAAUAAGUGUAGUAGUAUAAAAAAUUUGAUGAGGCUGAUGAGAAAUGGAGAUCAGCCAGAGGAAAAAAAAUUGCUCUUAUAUUUGUCAAUGCCAAAGGCUUCUGGCAAAUUUUCUGUUUGUACAAAGUAUAAUUGCGUCCUUUCUUCUUACUAUUUUUUUUUUUGCUUUUUUCCCCCUGGCUUACAAGUUUUGUGUUCUCUUAUUUCGAAUGAAUGCCAAAUUAUUCGCAUGAAGCUAACGUUUGACCAUAAUUCUUAAAUAUUUUUGGCAAAUCAAUUUUGGUUGAAAUUACAGUGGAACCCUAAAAUUGGCAUACAAAUUGGGUUAUUUGAUUAUUAAAAGGUC